AUGAAACCGGAAGGGGUCUUGGCGGGAGGUGCGCGCAGAGAUGCUUACCACAUCGUGAAGGAUCAGUGUAUCGGCUAUGUGCUAGAACGAGCGAAUUUGACGACCAAUUUGUCCAGAGCGUUGCCCAGCAGUUGUCUUGACGUCCAGAGACUUGGUUGCGAGCGACUGGGUCGUGAAGGGAUCCUGGGACUGCUGGGAGCAGGGAACGAAGGAGCAAGGGGCACGUUCGCUCCUUCGAACGUGACCUGCGUGACACCCGACCCCGACGUCACAUUCGCAUUUCCAACGAAAUUCAGAGAAGUGAUCCUGAGUGACCGCCGUCACGCUUGGGCGUUAACCAACCUUGUGAAGCGCGGCUUCUUGGAUUCGGAAAGAUAUCAUCUUGGUGUUGGCAUCCGCGAAAGACACACCGUGCCGACGUACAGGCGACAAUUCGCCUCGCGCGGAUGGGCUGCUGCUGUAGCCUCUGUCAUGAGCUCAUUGCCGCGCUCGACAUGGACUGGGGGGAGGCGCCUGCCGGCGCCACAACCGCUUCACAUGUCGGAGAGAUUGAGACGACGACUGCAAGAUCCGCUCGCUCACGCUGUGCAUCCGCAUCCCGCAAUUCUAGGCGCAAUGUACGCGAAGGCAUUCAUGUCCAUGCCAAACAGUGUGCCCGUGCAAACACCGUGGUGGCCCACUCUUUGCUUGGCGCUGCUUGUUCAAGUUGAUGCAAUUGAACGGGGCACCCUUAUUGAACAUGAUCCGUCCACAGGACCCGCUGACCGGUCCCUCUCAUAUCCACCCUCGUGGUUUCGGAUCGGUGUUCUAGCGUUCCAUGGCGUCGCCGCUCGCGCGUUCGUUUUGGCGUUCAUCUCCGGUAUCAGUUCCUACCCCGCGGCUGCGAUUGGUGUUCCACUGACAGACGUCCCGACCUUCCUGCGUCCAUACGAGAUGUGCACGACUCCGAGAGUACACGAGGUCCCAUGGGAAGCGUUUCCAUUCCCGUCCCGUCACCUGAUGAAGGGCUUCACAGUCUGUCAAGUGCCCACGCAGCUACUUCUGACGGGCGCUCAUACGGGGACCCAGGGGACGCCACUCACGCCCAUGAUCGGAAACGCCAGUAGUGCUCCGCCAUUGGGCUCAGAGCUUACGCCACAGCGCACGUCGUCGGCUACGGACUCAAUGGGAGCCCGCCGCCUAGAGAGGUUGAUUGGCCCCAGAAAGCAUGCACAUCUACCUCUUGCGCGAGCGCUCAAGCGCGGAGACUGGCAUUGCAGCCCUGUCCAGGCUGCGAUCGCCGAAGUUAUGACACGCCCUUGCACCCAGGCCGGAACCUGCUAUCCUUUCGAGGCUGCCCCGGGGGCGUCCGUAUCUCCGGGAAGAUGCGCAACGGGGAGAAGCUCGCUUCCUGGCCUUCUUCCGUCCCCUGACUUCUUUCCGCCCCUACUGUGGAGUUUUGACUCGAUGAGCUGGGAUGUUGGCGACAUGAAUCCCGGGGAACUUCAUUUCAUGUUGCAAAUGGCGCUGCAUUCUCCUUCGGGCUCUGUCUUCUGCCCCUCCGUGCACAUGAAAACCGCCGCACCAGAACGUCGGCAACACAUGUACCGUCGAGCUGUGAGAGUCCAAAUGGUCUCCCUUUCAUUCCGACCCUGUGGUCACCACUUCCUAGCCACCUUGAGACCGAAGAUGGUGCGGGCCGCCGCCGUCCGAGCGGGAUAG